AUGAGGUUUGGAGAUGUGGAAGAUCUGAGAGGCCUGACCGUCAGACUGCAGCUCUCCAACACUUUCUACGAGUCUUCAGGUCAGUGGUGGUUCUCUGUUGACAGCGUCUCACUGCUCUACAACACCUCUGAAGAGGCUGUGUUCAACGCCAGCGACGUGUAUGCUCCGGCCUCCGCCUCCUACCGCUGCCUCCACGUCAGCAGCCUGCAGCGAUACAGCGCCCUGCUGCUGCCCGGCACCGACCACGCCCGCCGCUGGGCCAUCACCUUCACCGACUUCCAGAUUCAGGCCUUCAGUGUCACGUCUGGGAAGUUUUCCCCAGCGAGCGACUGCAUCACCUUCCUGACACCGGCUAUCCUGAUGGGUCUCAUCACCUCCCUCAUCCUGCUGCUGGUCCUGGCCUACGCCCUGCACAUGGUCAUCCACCUGAAACACAUCGAGCACGAGGACGAACACAAGGCCGACAUCUACUACCCACACAACCCCGAACAGCUCGAACACUGCUGUGCUGAAAACGCCGCUGAGAAAAAUGUCAUGUAGCCUAACCGGGGAGAUGAUUAGAGACUGU